AUGCAACGGGUUGACGCCGAACGCGCGCGAGAACUGUCGCUGUUCCGCCCACUAGGUUACCAAAAGAACUCGUGUGGUUACUGCAAGUCCAGAGACGGAAGUGCAUCGUACUACGUUCGCUCCGAUUCCGUACUCCCAGGACAUUAUGAAGAACUAAUCAAUGGCGGUUGGCGACGAUCGGGAAAUCUUUACUACAGACAAAACCUACUUCGGUCUUGUUGUCCUCACUAUACUCUGAGACUGGAAGCAUCCACUUAUCGGCCCCGCCGUGAUCAGCGUAAGGCCAUCAACAAGUGGAACAAAUUUAUCCUAGGUCCGGAGUAUAUGCGAAAGGUAGCCCGGCUUUGUCCACAAACCCGCGAAGAGAAAAAGCACCGCAAGUGCAACUUCGACCUUCUGUCAGCUGUCCACCAAAGCGAGUACGGCCACAUCAAACGGCCCAUUGACCCUGCUACCAAGAAUCCCAUUGAGCCAGCGCACCGUUUUGAAGUCACCAUUGAAGGAGACUCGGUGUCUCAGGCAAAGUUUGAGCUGUUCCGCAAAUACCAAACCGCCAUCCACAAAGAUGAUUUCUCUGAGUUGACACCCAGGGCGUUCCAAUCCUUCUUAUGCUCAGGUAUCAAGCGAUCUCCGAAUCCACUGACAGCCACCAAUGCUUCCGAGAAGAAACUCGGCUCAUGGCAUCAAUGCUAUCGUCUUGAUGGCGAGCUCAUUGCUGUUGCAGUAUUGGACCUGACCCCCAACGGCGUUAGCUCCGUCUAUGUUUUCUAUGAUCCCGCCUACGAACAAUGGGAAAUUGGCAAGCUGAGCGCCAUGCGUGAAAUUGCCUUCUCGAUCGAGAAUCAGUAUCAGUACUACUACAUGGGGUACUACAUUCACUCCUGCCAAAAAUGCGAUACAAGGCCAAUUUCCGCCCCCAACCCUGAAUCCGGCGACUGGGAUCCGCUCGCUGGCGAACUGACGGAGAAGCUUAAUUCUCGUUCCUAUGUCUCUUUGUCUCGGGACCGGAGAUCCUCCCCUGAGCCUGUGGUCCCGGAAAUUGACGGGGAUGAAGAGGAGGUUUCCCUUUUUGAUAUGGGUAUGCCCGGUAUUCUUACUGCCUCCCAGGUGGAAGCACUGGACCUGGGUCAUUGGCUGCUGUCCUUUGACAACGGCUUCGUUCAUAUGAACAAUCUGGUCGAUUGGGAAACCAUGUCAAUGACUGAGCCGAUGUCUAUCAAGAGAAUCAUCGCCGAGUUGGCCGCAGUCCUGGGCCCUAAAAUUGUCCAAAACAGCGCAGUAGACUUGAUCGGUUAA